UGUGCCGCGCGCAAAUCUGAAGGUUUUGGCGCAAUUUACGUUGCUUUGUUGGUGUGAUUGUUUUCAUUUUUAAAACUUGCACUUUUUAACCUUUUGUACAUAUUCCUGAUUAUCAAGACGUGGUAAACGAAGGAAAGGUACCAGAAUGGACAAGAAACGGAAGCCGUCCAACAAUAAGAUGCCGCUGUCCCAAGGCAACAAAAGAUCCCGCUCGCAAGACGACGACGAACCUAUGGACUUCGAAAUGGAGCUCGCAUCAAUGGAAGAUAUUAUGAGCGAGGAGCAGACAUAUGAUACAGAAUCGCAGGAAUCUGUGGGGCAAGGCCCAGAGGACACAUGUACGAGUGCACGUUGGGCACGUCCGGCUGUACCACCUUUGAGGCCGUCGGUGGACUCCUUGGAAUUCCAACAGUUGGAUCUGGACCAUUACUUGGGUCAGCCCAUGGAUGGCAUGCCAGGCAUGCGUACUGGUACUGUGCCCAUUGUGCGCAUGUUUGGUGUCACAGAUGGUGGCCACAGUGUUCUGUGUCACGUGCACGGCUUCCUGGCCUACUUCUACGUUGAGGCUCCGAGCAGUUUCAAGAAAGAGCAUUGUACUGCCUUCAAGAAUGCACUCAACACUGCCGUCCUUGCCGACAUGCGGUCAAACAAGAAUAACUUGGUUGAUGCGGUUGCUGCUGUGGACGUGACUUUGAAACAAAGUAUUUAUGGGUACAGUGACAAGGGCAAACAACCAUUCCUCAAGGUGACCAUGGUACUGCCACGUCUAAUUGCCCCUGCAAAAAGGCUCCUAGAGAAUGGUGCUGUCAGUAUUCCUGCAUGUGGUCCGGUCUGCUACAAGAUUUACGAGAGCAACGUGGACUUUGAAAUUAGGUACAUGGUGGACUCUGGAGUGGUGGGUUGUAGUUGGAUCGAACUGCCUGCUGGCAGUUAUCGUCUGCGAUCUUCUGGUGGUGAAGAUGGGACAAAACGGAAGAUGUCUCGUUGCCAACUGGAAGUCGAUGUAGCAUGGGAUGCACUUGUGGCUCAUGCACCAGAAGGCCAGUGGGCACGAGUAGCUCCCUUCCGCAUUCUCAGUUUUGACAUUGAGUGUGCUGGUCGUAAAGGUAUUUUCCCAGAAGCUGACAAGGACAGUGUAAUCCAGAUUGCAAACAUGGUGGUCCGCCAAGGCAACAAAGACCCAUUCAUCCGUAAUGUGUUUACCUUGAACACGUGUGCUCCAAUUGCUGGCUGUAAUGUGCUCUGUUUUAAAAGGGAACAGGAAAUGCUACAGAAAUGGGCAGACUUUGUUCGUGAAGUGGACCCGGACAUCGUAACUGGGUACAACAUCCAGAACUUCGAUUUUCCGUACCUGAUCAACCGUGCCAAGCGCCUGUCUGUGGCAUCGUUCCCAUUCUUGGGACGUAUUCGAGACUCUCGUACUCUCGUUAAGGACUCCGUGCUCCAGUCGAAGCAGAUGGGCCGACGUGAGAACAAAAUUAUCACCAUGGAGGGACGAGUGCAGUUUGACCUACUGCUGGCUCUGGUUCGUGACUACAAGCUGAGAUCUUACACAUUGAACGCUGUAAGUUACCACUUUCUACAAGAACAAAAGGAAGAUGUGCAGCAUAGCAUCAUUACUGACCUCCAGAAUGGCACAGACCAGACACGACGCCGUCUAGCAGUAUACUGUCUCAAAGAUGCCAUGCUACCUCUUCGCCUCCUCGAUAAACUUAUGUGCAUCAUCAACUACAUGGAGAUGGCACGUGUGACUGGUGUACCACUUACUUACCUUCUUACCCGAGGGCAGCAGAUCAAGGUGGUUUCCCAGUUGCUUCGCAAGGCUGCUGAACAGGACUUGGUGAUGCCAACAGUGCACCAAGAAACUGGUGAUGAUUAUACAGGAGCGACAGUCAUUGAACCUGUAAAAGGCUUUUAUAGCAUCCCCAUUACAACACUGGAUUUCUCUUCUCUGUAUCCAUCCAUUAUGAUGGCUCACAAUCUAUGCUAUACAACACUGCUGGAUCCUCGACAUAAAGACAAGUUGGAUGCCGAUGACUUCAUUAGGACCCCCUCUGGGGAUUAUUUUGUUAAGUCCAGGUUAAGGAGGGGUCUCCUGCCAGAAAUUCUAGAGGAUCUACUAUCGGCAAGGAAAAAGGCCAAAGCAGAUCUCAAGAGGGAAACUGACCCAUUUCGGAAGAAAGUACUUGACGGGCGUCAGUUGGCUCUGAAGAUUAGUGCUAACUCCGUUUAUGGUUUCACCGGGGCCCAAGUUGGAAAGCUUCCUUGCCUGCCCAUAUCUCAGAGUGUGACAGCAUUUGGUCGAAUGAUGAUUGAACAGACAAAACAAGAAGUGGAAGCAAGGUAUACAAAAGCCAAUGGUUACCCUGCUGACUCCAAGGUCAUCUAUGGCGAUACGGACUCCGUUAUGAUACAGUUUGGAGUCGACACUCUUCCAGAAGCCAUGCGAAUGGGCAAGGAAGCUGCAGAGUAUGUCACUUCCAAGUUCAUUCGGCCCAUCAACCUGGAGUUUGAAAAGGUGUACUUUCCAUAUUUGCUGAUCAACAAAAAGCGAUAUGCUGGAUUGUUGUACACAAAACCUGAAACCUAUGACAAGAUGGACUGCAAGGGAAUUGAGACAGUCCGUCGAGACAACUGCCCUCUAGUUGCCAAUCUCAUUAACACGUGCCUGGAGAAGAUUCUCAUAGAAAACGAUCCAAAUGGAGCAGUUGACUUUGCUAAGCAGACCAUCGCUGACCUCCUUUGCAACCGGGUAGACAUUUCACAGCUAGUCAUAACGAAAGAACUAACGAAAAACGAUGGAGAGUAUGCCGCCAAGCAAGCACACGUGGAGCUAGCCAACCGGAUGCGCAAGCGAGAUGCUGGAAGUGCACCAAACUUGGGUGACCGUGUCCCAUAUGUCAUAAUAGCAGCAGCAAAGGGCACUGCAGCCUACCUCAAGUCUGAAGAUCCCAUCUACGUGUUGGAAAACAACAUACCAAUAGAUACGCAGUACUACCUGGAGAACCAGCUGUCCAAGCCUCUACUCCGGGUGUUCGAGCCCAUCCUUGGUGAAACAAAGGCAGAGUCUGUGCUGUUGCGUGGGGACCACACACGUACUAAGACAGUAGUCCAUUCCAAGGUGGGAGCACUAGCAGCAUUCACAAAAAAGAGGAGCACAUGCAUCGGUUGUCGUGCUGUUUUAGACAAUGAAACUGCUGCAGUUUGUGCACACUGCAAGCUCAGGGAGGCUGAGAUCUACCUCGUGGAGGUGGAACACCAGACUAGCUUAGAAACAAAGUUUGCAAGGCUGUGGACCCAGUGCCAGCGCUGCUCCGGUAGCCUUCAUGAGGAGGUUCUUUGUACGAGAAACAGUGAAGACUACAAUGUCAGCAUCAACACUGAUAUGACAGUCCAUCAACUUGCAACUCACAGGGUAAACAAAAAAAUCGAUCGUACACUCCCUUUGUUUGGAGACAGGUGAUCUCUUCUUUUAUGUACAUUCACUAAGUAUGUCUACUGGUGUUCUGUUGAUGCUGUUAGCAAUGUGCAGCACAUAAGAAUCAGCACUACUCUGUUCCUUUUUGAGCAUUAUGCUUCCAUGUCCGAAAUCAAGGGGGAAUGUUGACAGUACACCAUAGAGCUUUUUCAUCUACCAUGUAUGC